UUUUCCCUCUCUCGUGUUAGAGAAAAAAUUUCCGAAUCAAAUGCGUCACCUGAGAGAAUAAAAUUCCGGUGACUUUUCCGGUAAAUGUCUCUGUCGCUCGCUUUGAAUAAUCCCUCUCCGGCCACCGCAUUCCCUCGUUGCUCCGCCGCAGAAUCUUAUCCUUUACCUGUUAUUCUUCUUCUCUAUCAGGAAUCCCAUUCGUCUCCUCAAUGCCUAUAUAAUAAUCAAUUCUCCGCCAUGCGUAUCUCCAAACGUCCUCUCACUCUCCCACUUUCUCUCUGCUUCUCCAUCUUCUCCUCUGGAUUCGGCUUCGGUUUCCGUCGCUCCCACUUUCCCGGAAAAUCUCCCUCCCGAAGAGAGUGCCUCCACACCACAGGGAUAAGCCAGCUUCAUCCUAAGAAUUUGAUGGAAGAACAACGAUCUGGUGCUUUUGGUGACAAGGUUUUGCAUUUUCACAAUGUGGGUUCCAGGGAUGGAUGUGAGACCCCUGACUUGUGGUCAACCAAGGAGGGAGGAAAGAAAAUUGAUUCAAGGAAACAAAUCUUUUGCAACAGACCGUUGAAUAUGAGAAAUAUCGUUGCUGUUGGCUUUGAUAUGGACUACACUCUUGCACAGUACAGGCCUGAAACCUUUGAGACCCUUGCUUAUGAAGGAACUAUCCGAAAGUUGGUAUAUGAUUUGGGGUAUCCAAGUGAGCUGCUGGAGUGGACAUUUGAUUGGAAAUACAUGGUUAGAGGCUUGGUUCUAGAUAAAAAGAGAGGGAACAUCUUAAAGAUGGACCGCCAUAAGUAUGUGAAAGUGGCUUAUCAUGGGUUUAAGGAGCUGUCUAAAGAAGACAAAGUUGGCAUAUAUGGCAGCACCCUAAUCCGAGACUCGUUCGAUGAGCCGGACUAUGCCUUGAUAGAUACACUUUUUUCAUUGGCGGAGGCUUAUUUAUUUGCACAACUUGUUGAUUUUAAGGACAAUAACCCAGGAAAAAUUCCUGAGGGUGUUGAUUAUGCUCGUGUGUAUAAAGAUGUCCGGGCAGCUGUUGACUUGUGCCACCGCGAUGGAACUUUAAAGCAGAUGGUGGCAAAAGAUCCUAAGAGGUAUAUCAAUGAGGAUACCUCAGUUGUACCCCUGCUCAAAAUGAUUAGAGAUUCUGGUCGUUCGACUUUCUUGGUGACGAAUAGUUUGUGGGAUUACACAAACGUUGUGAUGAAUUUCCUUUGUGGAGGCCGCACAAUACAUGGUCCACAUGCUUGCAACUUUGAUUGGCUCCAGUACUUUGAUGUUGUCAUCACUGGCAGUGCAAAACCUGGAUUUUUCCAUGAAGAGAGUCGUACAAACCUUUUUGAGGUGGAACCCGAAUCUGGAAUGCUUCUUAAUACCGACCAUGGAACUCCUGUGCCUCAGGUGGGAGAAAUUUCACCAAGUUUGUUGCUGAAAAGUAGAGAUAAAGGUUGUCGAGUUUUUCAAGGUGGAAACGUUGGACAUCUUCACAACUUGCUUUCAAUCGAGUCAAGUUCACAGGUUCUUUAUGUUGGUGAUCACAUAUAUGGUGAUAUUUUGCGCAGCAAAAAAGUUCUUGGAUGGAGAACUAUGCUCGUUGUUCCGGAACUAGAGAAAGAAGUUGAACUUCUCUGGGAAUUGAGGGGCAUGCGUAAGCAACUUCUUCUGAUGAGGAAUGAGCGUGAUUCAAUCGAGGACAAAAUUAAUCACUUAAAUUGGUCCGUCAAGUUCGAGGAUCUUGACGACAAACUCAAGCAGAAAAUGGUUUCAACGCUCGAGGAACUUGAUUCUCAAAGGGAUCAAAUACGACUGAAUCAUCAAGAAACUCAAAGGGAAUGCCACCAAAAGUUCCACAAGGUCUGGGGGCAGCUGAUGAAAACCGGGUAUCAGAGUUCCCGAUUCGCUCACCAGGUGGAGAGAUUCGCGUGCCUUUACACAAGUCAAGUGUCCAACUUAAUGUUGUAUUCCCCGGACAAGUAUUACCGACCCAAUGAAGACUUCAUGCCCCAUGAUGAGUUCCACGGCCUUCCCUUGUACUAAUACCCGACACGCCCAAGCCCGCCCCGGCCCGGUUAGUGUACGGUUCUCUUGCUAUUGAGUUUCCGUCACAUGUGCAAUAUGACUGGCGCUUAAUCUGGUCAAAAUGUAAUAAUUUCACUCUCAUAUUGUGACAUGACAUCUCUUUGUCGGUCCACGUGAUUCACGUGAUUGUGUUUCCUUUUAAAAGUCUUUAAUUGAUUGAACUCUUUUUUUUUUUUUUUGUUGAAGAUGCAAUUUGAUGUAGAGGGCAUGUUUUGGAGAUUGUAUAAUGGAAUUUUGUCAGUGGCAUUAGUAGAAAACCUAGGUUUGGUA